AUGGCAUCCAGGAAACAAGUUGAUCUCGAGUCCCAGAAGCCCACGCCGACUGCUGCCGCCGUUGCAUCGGCUCCGGCAACUGCCGUGCCGGCUUCUUCUGCUGGAGCUUCAUCAGUGGGGAGAAAUUCAGGCUCCGUCGUUGUUGGCAUCUCCGACGGCCAGCACGUGGCGCCGGAGACCCAGCCACUCCUGGCUGAGCCGAACGGCGACAGCCACGACGAGGGACUGGGAGACGACGGUGGGGCUACCAGUACCACCGACGACGAGGCGACGAGGCUGGAGCGUGCAAUGGCGCAGGCGUUCCGGAGCACCGCGGAGCUGGCCAAGCACCUCCCCACUGGCGCGGUGCUCGUCUUCCAGGUGCUGUCGCCGGUGUUCACCAACGGCGGCAAGUGCGACGACGUGAACCGCGUCAUGACGGCCUGGCUCGUGGAGCUCUGCGCCGCAGGGUGCUUCUUCCUCUGCUUCACGGACAGCUUCCACGACGCCAAGGGGACCGUGCGGUACGUGGUGGCUACUCGCCGGGGGCUGUGGGUCAUCGACGGCACGCCGCCGCCGCCGCCGGAGAAAGCCGCCGAGAAACGGCUAAAGUUCAUCGACUUCUUCCACGCGUUCCUGUCCCUCAUCGUGUUCAUGUCCGUGGCCAUGUUCGAUAGGAAUGUCGGGGCGUGUUUCAACCCUGUCAUGUCGUACGACACGCGGCAGGUGCUAACUGCCGUGCCGCUUGUCGGAGGGCUCGUCGGGACGCUGCUCUUCGCCACAUUCCCGUCGACACGGCACGGGAUCGGAUUCCCGGUCCCCGCCGCCUGA